AGGAGAGAUUUUGACAACAUGCGAUUUAGUAGGGUUAAAUCUAUGCGCUUGGAAACUUGGACAAAAUAUCAGUCAAGAAUACCACGGGGAACUCUCGGCCAUGCCCUCGCCCAAACAGGUGUCGCUGCUUUGCAGAUUCCGACCCGAGUACAAAUUGUGUUAUGAAGGGAAACUGACAGGGUGUAGUCUCAAUCUCGUCUACCUCGCUACCCUGGCAACCACCCAGAGUACCUCCGACUUCCUGUGUGGGGAGGGCCACACAGAUUUGUUGCAAAAUAAUGCAUGCUGGGAAAAGUCUUUUGUUCGCAAUUCAACCAACCACUGCAAUAAAGUGUAUGCCAACAGCGCUCAAGAACUCUUAAACAAAAACAACCAUCGACAGAUGUCACAGACAGAAAUUAACACCUGGUGCAGCAUCAUAAACAUAUCGUCCACGUGCAUGCACGAUACUGUCCUGGAGAACUGUGUCGCGGAAGCUACGUCAUUUGUCGAUAAGAUGAUGCAAAAGGCAAUGGAAAAGCUGGUGUCAUUUCUCAAGUGCCAAGUAGGCGAAGGAAAUUUGCAUGCUUCCAACAACGAUACCUUUCAUAAUAGCUCCGAUCCAUCGACUGUCAACAGACAAAUUCAGUCCCCACUAGCAAUCAGUAACAGCGCGUCUUCCCUGGAUGUUGGAAACUUGGAACUCGGAUACCUGAGUAAAGCGGAUAUACCAUCACUGUUCAGAGGCAUCACCAGUAUCGUGUUCAUAUUAAACUUUUGCUUGUGUAAUAUAUACGAGAUGUCUUUUGAAUAAAAACAAUAUUGAUU